AUGUUGAGGGCGAAGGUGCUACCCCAGAUUCUGGCUCAGGCCAACACCAACGGCGUGCAGGGCACCAUCCUGCUCAACGAAGAGGGUUCGCUCUUGGCUUCAACUGGCGCGGGAGAUCACGUUGUUGUGGCGGCUAUUGCCUCCAACGUGUGGGCUCAGUUCCAGAAGCUCGGCAACCAGGACCUCGAGUACAUGCUUUUCGAUUGCGAGCAAGGGCGAGUUGUGAUGACCAAGGUGAGCACCCACCUGCUGUGCCUCUACAGCGACAAGUCCGCCGAGUUCGGCAUGCUCAAGCGCAAGGCUCAGGUGCUGCGAGAGUAUCUGCAGGAGCCCUUGCAGCAGGUGUUCUAG